CAAAAAUUAAUUUUCAAGAGUUGGGUGCUCCAAAACCUGAAGAAAAACAUGGAAAGGAAUUCAAAAGCAUCCAAUGUGGGAAGUUCAGUGCUGGUGCCAAGUGUUCAAGAGCUGGCUAAACAACCUUUAUCCGCCAUUCCCGACGGGUAUCUCCGCCCUGAACUUGAAGGAGAUGCGGUUGCCCACGGCGGCGGCGACCAGGUGUUGGAAAUCCCCGUAAUUGAUAUGCAGAGAUUGGUCUGUGAAGAAUCAAUGAAUUCCGAAAUCCACAAGCUUGAUUUUGCUUGUAAAGAAUGGGGUUUCUUCCAGCUAGUGAACCAUGGAGUGAACUUAAGAUUGCUGGAGAAAGUGAAAGCGGAAUUGGAGGAGUUGUUCAAACUUCCAAUGGAAGAGAAGAAAAAGCUGUGGCAAUGUCCUGGGAAUGUAGAAGGAUUCGGACAAGCUUUUGUUGUGUCGGAAGGUCAAAAGCUUGAUUGGUGUGACCUCUUCAACAUGCUCACUCAUCCUCUCCACCUUAGAAACCCUCGCUUGUUCCCCAACCUCCCUCUUCCUUUGAGAGAUAUAAUGGAGCUUUACACAUCUGAGUUAAACAAGCUAUCAACGGCAAUCCUAGAAAAGAUUGUAGAAGCCAUUGGCAUGAAAACUGAAGAAAUGAAGGAGCUCGUCGGAGAGGGAAGGCAAACAAUUAGGGUUAACUAUUACCCACCAUGUCAUCUAUCUGACCAGGUCUUGGGCCUCACUCCUCACUCAGAUGCUACUCUCAUAACCAUUUUGCUUCAGCUCAAUGAUGUCCAUGGUCUUCAAGUAAGGAAAGAUGGGAAUUGGGUUCCCGUUAAGCCACUCCCAAAUGCCUUCAUUCUCAACGUUGGAGACAUCUUAGAGAUUAUAACGAACGGGACGUACAGUAGCAUUGAACAUCGUGCGACAGUGAACCCAAAAAAGGAAAGGCUCUCGUUUGCGACAUUCAUCGGAGUGGGGGCUGGCGGAGAAAUAGGGCCUGCACCCAGCUUGGUGUCAAAACAAAAGCCUGCCAUGUUUAGGAGGGUGAAAGUUGAAGAAUACUACAAAGGGAUGUUCUCUCGUAAGCUUCAGGGGAAAUCUUAUCUUGAUUACAUGAAAAUAGAACAGGAGUAAGGUCGAUGUGUUGUGGUAGCUAGUUAUAUAUAAUAAGGGAAGUGCCCCCAACAUCUUAUAAAGAUUUGCAUGUGUGCAUGUAUCUAUGUAUGUGGUAUGCUAUCAUUAAAUUACGUAGGAACCUAAAGCAAGUACUAUACAUAGAUAAACUUGCAAAUAUUCAUGUUGUUGUUUUGUACUUAAUAAACAUAAAUACAAGUAGAUUCCAACCUUUUCUCUUAAAA